UGUCAGCGCACCGGUUGAAAUAUCUCGUCGACCCUCUCUACCCCCGCGUUACUGUUGUCGCAACAGACGACAGCCGCCGAAAGUACGAGCUUAUACGGUAGCACUAUGCAGACCGAUCGCACGAAGAAGACUCGGGAUCAAGGUUUCAAUCAUGGUUGACGAUCGCCAGAGCGUCGUGUCCGAUAUUGAGAAGGGCAUCCCGCCGACUGGUGGCCCGCCGCUGGUCAAGGAUGAUGCUCUGCGCAGGCCUUCCACUGCCGCGGAGGCGACAAAGGGCUGGCUAAAGUCUUUCGAGCAGACGCUCAUCGCAUACAACCUCGAGGCGCGCGGCAUAGAGCGCGUGGAGCCGCAUGAGCGCCACGAUCUCCGGGCCUUGGGAUACUCUCAGAUUGGUAUACUCUGGUUCUCGAUCAACCUGGCGGCCAACAAUGUCACACUGGGAAUGCUGGGCCCCGCCGUGUAUUACCUGGGGUUCCUGGACAGCUGCUUAUGCGCCGUUCUGGGCAUGUUGGUCGGCUGCUUGGCUGUAGCCUAUACGGCGACCUUUGGCCCGCGGUCCGGUAACAGGACCAUGAUCUUCGCGCGCUACACGAUGGGGUGGUACCCGUCGAAGCUGGUUGUGCUGCUCAAUAUCAUCGUGCUGCUGGGAUAUUCCCUUAUCGACUGCGUUGUGGCCGGGCAGAUCCUGUCCGCCGUCUCCACGGACAACAUGUCCAUCGUGGUGGGUAUCGUCAUCGUUGCCAUCAUCACCUGGGGCAUCACGACGUUCGGCUACUCGGUCUUCCACUACUACGAGCGCUACGCCUGGCUCCCGCAGCUCAUCGUGCUGUGCAUUCUAGUUGGCGUAGCCGGUCCAAAAUUCGACACAAGCCUCGCCACCACUGCCGGAGAUAGCCGCACAGUGAUCGGCAACAGGCUCUCCUUCUUCUCCAUCUGCCUCGCAGCUGCAAUCACCUACGCCGGCGGCGCAGCCGACUACUUUGUGUACUACCCAGAGACGACCCCUUCUUGGAAAGUCUUCACGGUGACCAUGGCGGGCCUCAGCACGAGCUUCACCUUUGCCUUCGUGGUUGGCAUCGGCCUCGCCUCCGGCAUGGCCAGCACCGCAGCAUGGAACUCGGCGUACGAAGUCAGCCAAGGCGCGCUGAUCGUCGAGGGCUUCGCGCCACUCGGCAAGUUCGGCAAGUUCUGCGGCGUGCUGGUGGCACUAGGCCUAGUCGCGAACCUCAUCCCACCCACGUACAGCUCGGGCGUAGACUUCCAGAUCCUAGGCCGGUGGUGGGCGCGCAUCCCCCGCGUCGUGUGGAACACGGCCGGCGUGGUCAUCUACACCGUCUGCGCGGCCGUGGGGCGCGAGCACCUUGCCGAGAUCUUCACAAACUUCCUCGCCCUCAUGGGCUACUGGGUGUGCAUCUGGAUCGCCAUCACGUUGGAGGAGCACUUUCUGUUCCGCUCGCGCGGGCGCGCCCACGCCAAGAAGAAGGGAGAGGAAGGAGCCUCGACCUCUCCCCGCGGCUAUGACUGGGCUGCUUGGCAGGAUCGCGCUGCCCUGCCCCUGGGCAUCGCCGCGCUGGUGGCGUUUCUGGUCGGCUGGGCUGGCGCAAUCCUCUCCAUGGCUCAGGUGUGGUAUGUGGGUCCGAUUGCGGCGACCGUGGGCGAGUAUGGUGCCGAUAUGGGCAAUUAUGUGGGGUUUGCUUGGGCGGCACUGGUGUUUCCUCCGCUCAGGUGGUGGGAGCUGAAGCGUUUUGGGCGGUGAGUGGAUGUGUGAAAGAGUGUGGUUUGGGUGGAUAGAUGGGUGCGGGGUACGCUGGGUUUA